GCCUGCCUGAGGCGGUGCCGAUGACUUGGUCAUUUUUAUUUUCCGUUGAUCUUAUUUUAUUUUGCUACUCUCCCUCUCGACUGUUAAUUUUGUCCUUCAGUCCGACGGUCCUGUCUCGCUGGUGCUGGUCCACCGCGUGUGCUUUCUUUUUGCCUGCGCCAUGAGGCACACGCUCUUCCAGUUCACGGGGCGAACCGGUCUCUCGUCGCGAUCGCCGCUCCCUUCUCGUUUGCGAUCGCGAAGAUACCAGUCCUCCGGAUCGCCUCAGAAACAAGACCCGAUUCCCGACCCGCAUAGACCAUCCCAGCCGAACGUCCAGAAUCCUUCGCCUGCUCCCUCUGCUCCCUCCGCCCCCGCCGUGUCGGGCCCGCGAUCGCUGCGCCAGAUUAUUUCCGACGGUCCUCUCGGCAGACUGGGCCGGUCCUACUCGCGCAUUCAAGAACGACGGCCGUAUGCCACGCAACUAUGGAGUUCGAUCAUCGUCUACCUGUGUGGCGACUUGAGCGCGCAGUUGCUCUUCCCGUCGCAGAAUACGUCGGUCCAGAACAAAGAUAGCCAGGAAGCGCAGUCGGAGAAGGAUGGAGACGCGGCGACCAGUUCGGGCAGCUAUGACCCGUGGCGAACCAUGCGACACCUGGUCGUAGGCUCGGGGUCGAGUAUUCCGUCGUAUACCUGGUUCAUGUUCCUCCACCACAACUUCAACUUCGCGUCCAAAUUCCUCUCCAUCCUCACCAAGGUCGUCGUGCAGCAGGCCGUGUUCACCCCCGUCUUCAACACCUACUUCUUCAGCGUGCACUCGCUGCUCUCCGGCGCCUCGCUGGAGGAGACGUGGGAGCGACUGAAGAAGGCUCUCCCCGUCAGCAUCACGAACAGCGCGAAGCUGUGGCCCGCCGUCACGGCCUUCAGCUUCAUGUACGUCCCGCCGCAGUUUCGGAAUAUCUUCUCGGGGGUGAUUGCGGUCGGCUGGCAGACGUAUCUCAGCUGGUUGAACCAGAAGGCUGCGCGCGAGGUCGAGGUGGCUGAGUUGGCCGAGAAUGAGAUCUCGCGGGUCGGUCUGGACAGCUCAGCGGCUACGAUGAAGGCAUAGUCGAUUUUUCUUUCGUUUGGUUUUCUUUUGUGAAUUUUAAGAGCUUCAGGUACAUAGUUCGGGGCAUUUGGGGAUUGGGACCAGGAUAGAGUAUAGAGUAGCGUGUCUUUUAGUAUAUAUGCAAUACCCGAUAGAUAGAUGUGAAUAGAUGAUAUAACAUAUAAAA